GCCGGGUGGCGGAGCGCGCUCGGUUGGGAGCGCGCGGCAGGCCGUCCCGGACUGUCGGCGAGCGUGCGCAGCUUGCUGACGGGUGGACGGCGUGAGCAUUGCGGGUCGGAGCUGGCGUGGACACCUGCGGCCCUGGGAGGGGACCUGGCUCGGUGAGUUCGGCCCUACUGAACUGGGACAGACCCGGCGCCGGGCGCGGGCGCGGCAGCAGCUGUCCGGAUCACCGUGGCCGCCGAGUCCAGGUCUCUGAAGUUGGGGAAGUCCUUUGCUCGUAGCUGGGGCGUCCGUCAUCGCCGAGAAGACCUCCCCUGCCUCAGAAUGGGACUCUGGCUGCUACCUGGUCUCCUGUGAACCAGCCAGUGACAACUUUCUGUGGGGAUGCCUGGAAACCAGCAGAAACCGGAGUCUUUGGAGAUGGACUCUGACCUGUCGCCAAGCUGCAGGCUCAGUGACUUGAGCAGAGGGGGCAGUCUGGAGAGCCGGAGCAGCAGCUCUCGGUCCAGAAGCUUCACUUUGGAUGAUGAGAGCCUGAAGCACCUCACACACGAGGAGAAGGACGUCAUCCUGUUCUUUGAAGAGACUCUUGAUUCCCUGGAAUACGACUUUGAUGAGCCAGCCCUGUGCGACAGUGGCAUUCAUUGUCACUCUCCACAGUCUCUGGAAGAGAGCCCUUCCGGUCACUCGGAACCUGAAGAUGUCAUUGAUUUAGUCCAAGCAGGCCCCGAGAGCCUUCCAGAUGUGGAGAGCCUUCCAGAUGUGGCUCACGUAGCAGGGGCCACAUCUGUUACAAAACAGGGCACUCCUGCUCCUGAAGGUGGGAAACAAGCCGCUGAGAAUUCCCUGGCCCCACCAGACUCCAGGGAUCCUGAGGUGUUUCCUCUGCCACCCUCUCCGCCUGUCUCUGCGCCCUCUGCCCCCCGAAAGGAGCUGAUAUCCCCCUCUCCUCCGGUAGAGCAUCCCAAACUGUCCCGCUCCGUGCCCACUCCUCUGGUGAUUGCUCAGAAAAUUUCUGAGAAGUUGGCGGGAAACGAAGCCCUGUCCCCCACGUCCCCUUCAAAGGAGGGCAGGCCUGGGGAAUGGAGAAUGCCGCCGACUUCGAUAGCUUCUCGAAAUGGGGACCAGGUCGGCGUGUGGCACCGACACACGGCCCAGCCAGCGCCCAAGGUCCACCGCUUCCCCAGCAACAUAAGCGUGACCAACAGCGCCGGCAAGGACUUCAACAAGACUAUCUCCAAGGCGGCUGUCAACGUGCAGGAGCGGAAGGCCCAGGUCCUGGCCAACAUCAAUGGCAUGUCCUUCAUCGCUGCGGGUGACACGUCAUCGGAAGAGCGGUGGCAGAAGGCUGAGGAGCAGAGGUGUGGCUCUGCGGACGGAGGGCGCGCCCAGAGCAGGGUGGGCAUGGCCGGGGAGCCUGGAGGGUCGCGUGCAGGAGGCCCAAUUAGGGCACAGCAGUCCCGGGCCGUCCAGACCGAGCAGUCGCCAGCGCUGGCCAAUGGCUUCCAGAGCGUGCAUGAGGCUCUUCGCAGCGAGCCCAGCCCCUUCGUCCCCACCAGCAAGACCAUCACCUUCCGACCAGACCCCGCUGUAGCGGGCAAGCUGGCGCGCCAGAACGCCAGCCGCAGCCUGUACGAGCCGCGCCUGGACGGCUCCCAGGAUGCCCGCAAGCGCACAGGCUCGCUCCCCCGGGCUGUGGGCUUCCGGCCACAGGGCAUCACAGUGCAGUUCUCAGGCCGUGGCUCCACAGAGGAAGCACGACGUGAGGCCCUGCGCAAGCUCGGGCUGCUGAAGGAGAACUUGUGAUGGCCACAGUGGGACUGGCGCAGUGUCUGGGUAGACCCUGUAUCCCCGCACUGGGUGUUCUAUUCUCUAAGCACAGGAGCCGGGUAGCACAAAGUGCGGCAUGUUCGGGGAAAAUGCCUCCACCCCAACCCCUGUGUCCAGUGCAGCGUGGAGCCAGGGGCCAGUGGGGCAAGGACCAGAUCCCCGGAGCUGUCCUCUUCCUUUCCUGGGGUCAUGGGAUAAUCUUUAGGACCCGUGGGCUCCCAUGGCUACAGAUGACCUAUGACUUACAUAUGUCAGGACGGCCUUGGCUGGACUUGGUCCAGGAUCUCUGAUCUGAACCUUUAAUCCCGCGCAGGACUUGAAAGCCAGUGUAGUUCUCUGAUGCUCAGGAUUCCCCUUCCUCGAAAACUAAAAAGAAAUGCUUGUUAAAUUGUAUAGUGUCAAUAUACACUUUGAAGUCUA